UACCAACGUUGCUUCUUUCUCAAGAGAGUGCCAUUCUACUCAACGACCCCACUCCUAACAUCACAUCCAACUACAAAAAAACCUUUUCCGGCUUGGCCCUGCAUUCUAUAGUUGCUCCAAAUAAAUGCUUUGUUUACGGAAAUAGGUUUUGAUUAUGCACUCUGUUUUUAAUGACCUCUGACUCCACGUAUUGUUACACGUACACAGACUGCACAACACAACCUGCCAGAAAGGUGUGGUAUUCCCCCCCAAAAAACCCUCGAAAACAAAGAGUAAAAUUUGUCAUUUUUAAGCCUAUCAAUCUCUAAGCAUUCAGUGCUAUCAUUAGCAUGGCGAGGCGGUUCGACUUUCAAAAGCUGACCGUGAUUCGAAAACUGCGAACGAUGUUGACGAGUUCGUCGGGCGCAGCGGGGAACUCGGUCAGUGGGCCGGGGAGGCCGGCGGCCGGUGGCGGUGCAGCACCGCCUGGUGAGGCAGCACCGACCGGUCUGCUGAGUAGGCAACGGAGUGACGGAAUAGUGGUGUCUUUGCUGCGGUCUUUCGAGGAUCUGGUGGGCAUCGGAGAGGUCAAGAAGGCGCAGAGAAGAGUUACACAGGUUGAACAGCAAUUUAUGGAAGUCCGUGAAACACUCAAGAAAUCCGCCCACAAGUUACACAUUCAUAACGAUGAGCUGAGAGCAAUACGUGCCAAGCUGGACCAAACAGCCCGAGAUGACACCAAAUUCUUAGAAUAUGUGGAAGAGGAGCACCUGGCCAUCCAGAAGGAGAGGAAAAUGGAGGAGAAACACUACUGGUUGGAGGACACGGAGAGAAACACGUUUGCAAAAUUGUCGGCGGCUGUUAGAGAGAGCCACGAGAAACAACGAUCGCAAGGGGAGAGGACCAAAUAUUUGGGGUUCAUUUUUACUAUCAUCGGCCUGCUGGGGUACAAGGCCAUGAUCUGGAAGCUCCGGAAGGACAUCCGGACCUCCAUCGACGCAAAGUCGAGUCAAGAGGAGCAGACAGUUGAGGCGGUGAACAAUGCUGAGCAGAAACUGGAGCAGAAAAUGAGCACACUGUCCACUGUGGUCUCUGGAACCUUUGCGGUCCUGAUAUUGCCUAUACUCUACAGUAUAUUCAAAUGAAAGGCCUACUGCACACAUUUCACGGUGACUUGUAGUCUAGAGCAAUGCAAAAAUACCAAAUAUUUUUCGCAUCCAAAGAAAUUUGCUUACAGGGAAUGUUGAACAAGGUUGAGGUUUU